AUUGUCAGCAAGAUAUUUUCCGUUUGCACUUUUCCGCAUCUACUUGACAGCCGCAUCAUCCCGAAUGUACCACCUAGGGGUCUACUUAUACUCAACGGGUAUCCUCAGUCCCUGCCGCUAUGACAUCUUUUUGAGCUCGUCCAACCAAUUGACUUGAACGACGAUGGCCGCAAGGAUGCCUUCAUGGCUGCCCUCUAUUCCUUACCCUCCACCGAAUCAGCCAGGCUAUUGGGACCCGGUCACUUCGACGCUCCAAUGGUGCGAAGAGGUACGAAGAGACAGAAAGUCAAAGAAGAGCUGAGGGCUGACAGGACAAGGACUACUAUGCCACGUACUAUUCCGCCGAGCUCAUCAACACCCUGACGAAUCUCAUGUUCAUAUACCUCGCAUACAAAGGCGUCAAGAGUUGUAGAAAACAAGGUCAUGAUACAGUAUUCGAAGUCGCAUACUUUGGCUACUUUCUGGUUGGCUUCGGGAGCUUUAUGUUUCACACCACACUGAAAUACCCAUGGCAGUUGGUUGACGAGCUCAACAUGAUCUACACAACGUGCCUCAUGGCCUACGCGAGCUUAUCCUACUCCCGCCCAGCAAACCAACAAAUAGCCCUGGGUGUUUUCCUGCUCGUUUUCUGCGCCUUCAUCACGUUGUACUACCACUAUCUCCAGGACCCCGUAUUCCACCAGACCGUCUACGCAUUUCUCACAUUGUUCAUCGUCCUCAGGAGCGUAUACAGCAUGGAAUUUAACCUUCGCCCAUCAUUGAGGAAAUCCGAGGAGAAACAUCGUCUAGAACGGCAGAGAAACAACUUACCCGUCCUGACAAAAGAAGAACAAGAAUACGAGAACAAAAGAGACACGGCUAUCCUUAGGAACAUGUGGUUCUUCGUCAUAUUUGGCGUCUCAAUAUUCCUUGCAGGGUUCGGCAUUUGGAACCUCGACAACAAGUAUUGCUCGACCCUGCGUCAAUGGCGUCGAAGCAUUGGCAUGCCCUGGGGGUUCUUCCUCGAAGGACACGGCUGGUGGCACUUGAUGACCGGUAUUGGCGCGUAUUGCUACAUUCUCUGGGCCAUACACUUACGCCACAUCCUCAACGGUGAUCAAGAACACUUUCGUAUGGUCUGGGACAGGGUAUAUCACUUACCCGAAGUGGUCCGGGUCUCCGAUCCAUCCGACAAUGCAAAUGGUCAGGCGAAUGGAAAUUUCAAGAAAGACAACUAACGCUCUACGACACCUAGACAACAGUUGGAUUACCUAGAUAAGAUGACACAUUCCAGCAAUGAAAAGAUACAAGAUACUCAUCAAACCUGUAAGGGAAAUUGAUACACAGGUCGCUCUUCUCCAGAAUGUUCCUUGACAAACCGCAAUGCUCUGCCAAUGCUUCCCUCACUAUUUCAUGCUCCGCUCAUUGCACGCUGCGCAGGGACAGAAAGCACUCCUUAGGUACCC